AUGUUGCGCGCCAAGAAAGCGCUCUACGCAGUGCUGCAAGCCAACGCGCGCUCGUCGGCAGCCAUCACGCCGGCGCCCGAGGCCGAGUGGCAGCCCGUCGGGCCGGGCGCGGCGCACCUGCGCGGCGAGCUCGAGGCGCUGUACUGGGACGGGGUGCGCGGCGAGCUCGAGAACAUUGUGCGCACGCUGCGGGCGUGGCAGCAGCCGCCGUACGCGGGCGAGGUGCUUGCAGAGGAGGACGACGGCUUCAUCCACGGAUACGACACGUUUCUCGAUGCUGUUAGCCACGAGACGCGCGCCUUUGCCAUCCGCUACGGCGAGAAGCAGGAGGCCGACGCAUCGCAGAAGAAGCCUGCAGCCAACGGCUACUACACCCAGAAGCCCAAGAAGACGCACCGCGAAGCCCUCAAGGAGGCCAUGAUAGACCGCAGGGCCGAGUUCACCAGCUCGAGGAUCAAGGCCGCCGUGAGAAAGGCUAUCGACGUGCCGCGGCUGCACGGAAUGGAAGCGCGGGCAUGGACGCUGCUGCAGGCUACCGGCUUCCUCGACAUUGAGAAACUGAUCGAGCACCGGCCUCCGCUUGAGCAGCUGCGCUUCUGGAAGCGGCCGGCCAUCCCACAGCUCGCGCUCUCGCAGUUCGACGAGCUCUGGAUCCCGCGGUUCCAGCCGCUGCACUGCGGCCAGCCCGAGUGCCGCGCCAUCAUCCGGGGAAGCAUGUUCAUAUCACAAGCCAGCGGCGGCCCGGUGGCCGUGUGCGAGGACUGCUACCGGCAGCACCACUACGGCGACGAGACCUACGCCAAGGCCUACAAGCACUGCGUCCUGGGCGAGGCCAUCACGGCGCCCGUCAGCCGGCGCAUCUGCCGCUGCCGCGACGUGCCGCACUACGACGCGGCGUCGGGCCGGCCGCUGCCCCUCUUCCCCGUCGCUGCCGCCGCCAUGCACCUCGACGUCGGCGGCCCCGGCACCAUCCAGUGCGGCCUGCUCAAGCUCGGCGAGCUGGUCGCCAUGGCCAAGUACGAUGGCCUGCAGAUGACGGCCGGCGUGUUCCGGAAGCCGUCUGUCGCUGCCCCCGCCGCCGCGCCCAAGAAGCCCGCGACGUCGGCAGCAGGAAAGGGCUACCGACAACUGCUCGGCUCUCCUAGACAGGGCAAGAGGACGACAGCCAGGCUGCAGAACGUGACGGAGACGAGCCUGCACGACUCGGUGCAGCGCGCGGCAGCGUCGAGUUCGACGAGCGUCGUGACCGAGGCCGAGGCCGACACGGACAUCCCGCUAUUCUUCCGGCGCUUCGCCAAGCGGUACCCGUUCGGCAACGUGCACAUGGCGCUACGUGUCGGUCCGCUGGUGGUUGAGAACGGCGUGGCCCACACCAAGAGCGGCGCGCUGGUCUCGGUGCGCGACGCGCCUGUUUUCCACGAGCGCUUCGACCUGGUGCACGCCCGCGGGCGCCGCAACCUAGCCGUCGGCGGCCUAGCCGACCGCGCCGUGUGGCACCAGCCGGCCAGCAGGAGCAGCAGCAUCAAACCCAAACCCAAGCGGUACAAGGCGGUCAUGAAGCAGGUUGUCGGCGCGCCGUUCAGCGGGCUGCUGCCGCAGGCCGACGAGCUGGACGUGGCGCGGGACCUGCUGGCGGCGAGCCGGCGGCCGUUUGAUGAUGCUGGGCUGCCGGCGACGGACCAGCGGCGCGUGCUUUCGGCAGCACUCGAGCCGGCGCUGCUCAAGCUGCGGGUGCUACUGCAGAGCCGCGUCGCCAUCUACCUCGACAGCAUCGCCGCGCGGCUGCUGCACCCGGACACCCGCCUGACGUGGAGUGCCACGGGCAACAACUGCCAGUCCUUUUGCAACGCGCUGAUCGACACGGACCUGUUCGAGCCGCUGCUGCGCGGCGGCGUCGGGGUGGCCGCCGACGGCAGUUUUGUUGUGGUUGGCGCCAAGUCUGCUGCUGCUGCUAAUACUGCAGACGAAAACAAACCCCUGACCGCACCCGGCGGCACAGCUAAGAGCAGCAAUAACAACAAACCACCAGCACCACCAGCACCAGCACCACCAGCACCACCAGCACCACCAGCACCACCACCCCCACCGCUCUACACCAUCAGCUUCGUGUGUCCAGACGCAGGUUACCUGCAGCGGGGCGUGCGCAGCAAGUACGACGUGCCGUCGGGGCUGACAGAGGAGUACCUGCUGCGGUUCCACUUCGGGCGGCACGACGAAGCAGACGUAGUAGACGCGCAACAGGAGUACUGGAGCGACUGGGGCGCGUUCGGCGGCACGCUGUACCGCUACCAGGACGUGUUCGGCUGGGACUGCACCGAGGCGUACGGCCGGUAUCCCUCGCGCUGCGGCGGUAAUAUUGAGAGUCGGCCCGGGACUGGCGGCGAGCCCGGUCCGUGCAACUUGGCUAAGCACCUCUGGGCGUUCCCCUUCGACGCCUGGUCCAUGGUCGCGCACCACUUUGCGCGCGACAGGUUCCUGUAUCCGCCUGGUGCUGGUUCCAACGCCGCUUCUGGCACCGGGGAGGGUCAAGGCACCGGCGACGCGAAAGGCGCAGCGCAGCAGCUCGCCUGGUUCCGGAACCGGCUCACGGUCCUCACCGCAUCGGGCCUGCUGGCGCGCGCCGCGGCCGGCAUGGCCAACGCGCGCGAGCUGUGCGCCGCGACCGCGUGGCUGCACUCUCCUUCACCUUCAUCAUCUCCUUCACCUUCUUCAUCAUCUUCAUCUUCAUCUCCAUCUCCAUCUCCAUCUCCAUCUCCACCUUCACCCAUGAAACCCAGCCGCAGAUCCCUCCGCGCAACAUACCCCGCGCUGGCGCGCGUCAAGCUCGGCGGCAUCCACCGCGCGCAGCCGUUCAGCCACUACUUCGAGGCGGGGACAUACCGGCACUACUUCGUGGCCGAGUGGGCGCUGCGAGCGCGCGAGGAGCAGAUCGUCGCGUACGAGGCGAUGCGCGACGGGCGCGUGCGGCUGCCCGACGUUCCCUUGCAACUCCGUUCGGGAAGACGUUUUGGUGCUGGCGGUGGGGAUGAUUGGAGGGGCGUUUUUGCCGGGUUUGGUGGGGAGGGUGGUAGCUGGGCGGCGGCUGAUGUCGCUGCUGUGUCUGCUGCGUCUGCUGUGUCUGCUGCGUCUGCUGCUGUUGAGGCGGCGUUGUAUGCCGAUGCGUGUUUUCCAAGUGCUGCUGUUGCUGAUGGGCAGGCUGACUCGGGGCCCGCGUGCGGUGCGGCGUGCGGGGCGAACUGCGGGAGCGGGUGUGGGAGUGCCAGCUGCGGCGGUGGUGAUGCUUCAGGGGGUGGCGAUUCAGGGGGUGGUGGUUGUGGAGGAGGCGGCGGUGGCGGCGGCUGCGGAGGUGGCUGCGGAGGGGGUGGGUGUGGAGGCGGUUGCGGGGGAGGGGGGUGA